UCGGAAAUACUAUUAUUAACAGGCGGGUCAGCCCUCGCCACAGCUGCCUGCCGGCCGCGAGUCAAGGUCGACAUCGCUUCCUCUACAAAAGGAGUCGAAGCCGCCUGACGGAACAGUUCAGUCCAUCCUUGUCUAUUGCUGAGAUGAUGGUGCGGUGGUUGCUGGUGGCGGCGGUGGGCGUGCUGGCGGCGACUGCUGCGGCACAGAAUACUCGCUCCGACGAGGAGACAUCCUCCCCAGGCCAGACCCGCCUCGGGAAUGCGGCCGACGGUCAGGGAGGACCAGAAGUAAACACCAGGUUCCUGUCAUUGGGUCAGCUGGCUAACGCCGGCCAGACACUGGUGAACAGCUUCCUUGGCAACAAUCGCCCCAAUAGACCCGGUUUCGGAGGAGGCUUCGGUAACAGACCCGGUUUUGGUGGCAGCUUUGGGAACAGGCCAGGUUUUGGCGGCAACCAAGGUUUUGGUGGAGGUUUUGGCAACCAAGGAUUUGGUGGAGGUUUUGGUAACCAAGGAUUUGGGGGAGGUUUUGGUAACCAAGGAUUUGGGGGAGGUUUCGGUAACAGGCCUGGUUUUGGCGGUGGUUUUGGUGGUGGUCCAGGCUUUGGUGGAGGUUUUGGUGGUUUUGGAAACAAGCCAGGCCGGUGCCCUCCCGUGCGUCCCCAGUGUCCCCCAACCAGAAGCUUCUCCCCUCCGUCGCCGUGCAGAAGUGACCGACAGUGCAGCGGCUUUGACAAGUGCUGCUUUGACACCUGCCUCCAGGAACGCGUGUGCAAACCCUCCUUUUAAACUUUUAGAGCUUUAAACGUUAAAACCUAUUCAAUAAGUUUACGUUUGUAUAUGUAUUUAUGUACAAAGUAUUUGUUCGUUAAAACAUUUCUUUUUCAAUAAAAUUAAUGAAAUACG